UCGGUGGGACGCAGUUCGGUGUCCUGGGCUGGAGCGGCGCCAGGGGAAGGGCUUUUAACCACCUACUGAAGUCAUUCGGGCAUUCCCUCAGAAACAGUACCCGGGGCCAGCAGAUGAGAGCGAAUAGAGAUAGAAGGAGUUGGCGUGGAUAAAUAGUAGUUGGAAACAGGCAGAGAAGGGAGACACGAGGAAAUCUGCAGAUGCUGGGAAUUCAAGCAACACUCACACAAAAUGCUGGUAGAAGGCGGCAGGCCAGGCAGCGUCUAAUGGAAGAGGUGCAGGAGUCGACGGUUCGGGCCGAGACCCUCCGUCAGGAGGGAGAUACUGAGCGAGACGUGAUGGCAAGCAUCUUGUUGAACUCUACUAAUAAGCUGGCAUUUGAGGCCUGGAUGGCAGAAACGGGCAUUGACCUUGUUCAGGUCAAUGGCCAACGUAAGUUUGGUGGACCCCCUCCAGGUUGGACAGGACCUCCACCCCUGAGUGGCUCUGAAGUGUUCAUUGGAAAGUUACCCCAGGAUCUGUACGAGGACACACUGAUUCCGCUGUUUCAGUCCGCUGGCAAACUCUACGAGUUCCGCCUCAUGAUGACGUUCAGCGGGGAGAACCGUGGCUUUGCCUACGCCAAAUACGCCAACCGCUGCUACGCCCAGUGCGCCAUCGCCAUGUUCAACGGUUACCGGGUUAGGGACGGCCGUCCCAUCCUGGUGUGCUGGAGCACCGAGAAGGACCGGCUGUGCAUCGGAGGCAUUCCGUUGGGGAGGAGCAGGGAGGAGGUGCUGGUCGUGCUGAGGGAGCUGACCGCCGGAGUGUCGGAUUUAGCACUGCACCUGAGCACAGAUCGGAAGAAGGAGAUGACCAAGUUUGCCAUAGUCAAGUAUGAGGGUCAUCGGGCUGCAGCGUUGGCGAAGAAGAAACUGGUAGAAGGCUCUAUUGAACUCUGGGGCCAACCCAUUGAAGUUGAUUGGGUGAAACCAGAUAGAAUGCAGAAGCGUCUGUCUGACCCAUCGCCCAGCCUCUCGCUGCCCGUGUCGCCAGGGAUGGCUGGUGAGCUUUGCUUGCUGCCAGUGUGUUGUGCACCCAGCCCUUCCUCUUCCACGGUUAAGAGGGGUAGGUUGCCCCGGCAACCAGAGUCAGAGGAAAGCUCGGCUCCACUGAAUGAGGGCCGUGGUCUUGUCCGCCUCCUAAACGCCUACUGUGCGAAGAAGCAGCUGGGGGUCCCGAUGUAUCGCGUGCAACCUCUGGGAUUGGAUGAGCAUUGCUUCUUGUUUAAGGUCUUCUUGCCAGGUCUUGACGCCCAUUUCAGUGGGACGGUGAUGCUCACCCCAGGAGAUCUGGCCUUGGCCCAGGAUGUCCUAAGGGAAGAGGUUGCCCGCCAGGUCCUGAUGUUCUUGGGGUUUUGAUGGCUUUAAUCCCCCCCCCAAUACUCAAGAGAGCCGAACCUCAAUGACUGGUUUCUCUGAGCUACAUAUUUCCUGAAUGCAAACUUUUGUUUUAAAGUUUUUUUGCUCAAGUUUAUUUAUCACUGGUUAAAAAUAAGUAAUUUAAAGAUUUUAAGCUUAGUUACUGUUAGUUUUCUCAAAGUUGCUUUUUGUUUUAAACACUUAAACAGAAGUCAGUGAACUUUUACAAUUUACAUUUCUUUUUGAGGCUCUUAAUACCUCUGCGUCUGUCUAUAGAUUUACAUUGUGAAGUCAUAGAUAAGAAUACGUUCAGCCAGAGUUAAGAGUUCGAUAGUUUAGGCAAUGAUAUUAAGAAAAUGUUUGAUUAGGAUCUUUUUUGAAGAAUUUUUCAUUGAAGUUUUCAGAUCUCAGUUAAACUGUUUGUACGUAAUUGUACAACUGUGAUAAGGGUAAUGACUUUCAAGAACUUACAAUGACUUGGAAUGUCUCUCCCAACAUGCAAAAUGCGUAAUUACAGUUCAUAUGAACAUUGUUGAUUUAAUAAUUCCUGAAGAGCCAAGAUACUGGAGUUCUGGAGAAACACACAAAAUGCUGGAGGAACACAGCAGGCUGGGUAGCAUCUAUGGAGGUAAAUGGAGAGUUGAUGUUUCAGACCAAGACCCAUCAUCAGGACAAGAAAGGGAGAUAGCCAGUAUAAAAAGGUCAAGGUCAAGGGAACAAAUACUGAUGGAAAAAUCACCAGUCCAUUUCCCUCCAUCGCUGCUGCCUGAUCUGCUAAGUUCCAGCUUUGAGUGUGUUGUCUUUGUUUUUAGUAUUGUUACUUUAUUGAAAGUUAGAAGUUUUUUAUGAAACCAGGCAACUUGCUAAAUGUUCCAACUGCAAGUUCUCUCGGAUAUCCAAACAUUGACACAGAUAUGGAAUUGGGAAUGAAGGCAUACACAGGAACAGAAUUGGGUCAUUCGGUUUUGAUGGAAACUGUGGUAUCAUGCAGAAAAAUAUUGGUCUUGUUAGAGUCAUAAUUAAUCUAUCAGCUCCCAUUUUGCAGUAGUUUGAUAUGAUAGACUUUCAAGUCAGGAGAGAGAAUGUCUGGUUAGUAUUUUGUUGAACCACUAUAUACUCCAGCCUGAGUUAAUUACAUUGGGGUAAAAGAGUUGGCUGUGAAGUUUUGAUAUCGUGAGUGCCACAGUAGUGUAGAGGUUAGCUCAGUGUGUCAGGAGUUUGCAAUUCAAUUCUGAUGUCAUCUAUAGUUAGUCUGCACAAACCUCCCCAAUGGAAUGUAUGGGUUUCCUCCCGCAGCCCAAAGAUGUAUAGUUGGUAGCUUACUUGGCUAAUGUAAAUUCUGCUUUUAUUAGGCUGGUGUUAAAUCGGGGGCUGCUGGGCUGGUGUGACUCAAAGGUCUGAAGAGCCUCCUUCGUGCUGUAUCUGUAAAUACAACAAAUAACUGCCUACCAGCCUUUGCCAAUUCUCCCACAGUUUGAUAAUCUCUUCUGCUGUUUAGAUCUUUGCAACCGAGAGGCAAUGGUUUGCGUUGGCAACAUGCAUUUGCCUUUCAGGAUUUCUUGCUGGGUUAAGUGUUCAGAUUGCCCUGCCCUCACCAACACUCGGACUCUGCAGCCUUGUUUCUCCUGCUGUUCCUGUGGACAUCUGCGGGUUAUUCUGUCCCGCGUGCCAAUCCUGUUUCUCCUGCUAAUGACCCAAUUCUGCUCCCAUGUAGAAACCUCUUGUUGGGCUGAUAAAAUUCAGCAGGCAAGUGAUUUCUUUAUCAUUUGACCAACACCUCUACACCUUAAUACAUUUAAUACACGGCAUGCACAAAAUGUGUUGGACGUCAUCCCAGUUAGUUACCACUCUUGUUCUUUCCAGCUUUGUGAAACUGUGAGUUGAUUUUAUUUGCAAAUUGCAUUUUCCUGUUUUUUACCCUAUUUUUGGUAUUGGCUUUAUUUGCAAUGCAAUAAGGUGAAGAUCGGGGUUUAUAGUAGCUUGGGGUUUGAAUGUUCUAGUUAAGUUUUUUUCUUUUGUGAAAUUCUUUUUUGAGGAAUGUUGCCUUUUAAUUUAUUAAAAGAAUG